AGUAGGUUUAUGCGGCAGGCUACUCUGACAGUAGUUGUUUGGGCUAUUAACGAAUAUGGUGGUUUAUGCAUUUCUCUGUUUUUGUUUAUGGCUUUUGGGUGGUGUAUUGCCGACAGAGCAGCACCAUCAGUCAAGUACUCCCUCCUUGAAUCCAUUCUUCUUGAAACAGAUCUCAAGCCCACCAACAGUAAAUAGUGUGUCUGGAGAUGGAAGUGAGACAAUAUCAGUGACUGAGGGAGAGUCUGUCACUUUAAAAACUGGCUUUACUAAAAUACAGACAAAUCGUCUGACAAUAUGGACAUUUAGACUGAACAAUUCAGAAAUUCCUAUAGCUGAAAUUCAUAAACAGAUCAUCUCUAUUUUUGAUAGUGGUGAGAAUGAGAGAUUCAGAGACAGACUAAAGAUAGAUGAGCAGACAGGAUCUCUGACCAUCACAAACAUCAACAAAUUACACUCUGGACUUUAUAAACUACAGAUCAUCAGUGGAGAUGUCAAACACAAGAGCUUCAGUAUCGCUGUCUAUGAUAUUCUGCCUGUUCCUGUUGUUGUCAGAGACUCUUUACAAAAUUCAUCAUCUUCAUUGUCCAGAUGUUCACUGCUGUGUUCAGCUGUGAAUGUGAGUGCUGUGACUCUCUCCUGGUACAAAGGAAACAGUUUAUUGUCCAGCAUCAGUGUGUCUGAUCUCAGCAUCAGUCUCUCUCUACCUCUGGAGGUGGAAUAUCAGGAGAAAAACACCUACAGCUGUGUGAUCAACAAUCCCAUCAGAAACCAGACCACACAUCUGGACAUCAGUCAACUCUGUCAGUCAAGUUCAGGUAUGUCAGAAUAGUUGAGACCUUCACACAGCACAAUUGUUGUGUCCAAGUUGCUUUCACUUUCACCUAAUAACUGCCUGCAUAAAAACUC